AUGGCUGUGUCCAGAUCUCACGCUCUCUCAAUUGCUUUGCUCUCAUUCUUCGUGUGGACAGUAGUUUCAUCCGAUCCAGAUCCACUCCAGGAUUUUUGCAUCGGAGAUCUCAACGUUGUCCCCGGGAUCAAUGGAUUCCCAUGCAGGAACGCCUCCGCAGUCACGGUCGACGACUUCAUCUACAGCGGAAUCGUCAACUCCUCCAACACCACAAACAUCAACCGCUCAGGUGCCAUCUUUGGAACUGUGCUGAGAUUUCCAGGCCUCAACACUUUGGGUCUCUCCAUCGCUAGGCUCGACUUUCUCCCCGAAGGAAUCAUCCCUCCACACACCCAUCCCAGAGCCUCGGAGAUGGUCUACGUAGAAGAAGGGACCAUUUACGCCGCCAUCGUCACAGCGGAUAAUCGUCUGUUUGCUCGAGUGAUGAACAGGGGAGAAGUCAUGGUGAUUCCUCGCGGAUUGAUCCACUGGCAGAUGAACGUAGGACGUACCAAUGCCAAGAUCAUCGCCACUCUCAACUCCCAGCUUCCCGGAAUCCAGUUCAUUGCCAGAUCCAUGUUUGGAUCCCGACCAGAGGUCCCGGACGAGGUCCUCGAGAAGACGUUCUUCUUGGGCGAGCGUAGCAUCAACCAAGUCCGAUCCAACUUUGAUUGA